AUGCUGAACAAUAUUAUUUCCCGGGGCACUACAGCUCCAGAAGCCAUUGCGGUUGUUGACGGGUCUCGUUCUGUCUCUUAUGGCGAACUCGUAAACUCAGCCAAAACUAUUGCACAAUUCCUACAGGAACGCGGCGUCAAAUACGGCGAGGCUGUAGGGAUCUUGUUCGAUGUUGAUCAUCGUCAGGUUAUCGCGCAGUUAGCCAUUCUCGUGGCUGGUGCAACUUGUGUUCCAAUCUCCCCUACAGCGCCAUCUCAUCGUAUUGCAAGCAUGCUGAGCGAUUCCAAUGCGCAGUUCGUCAUUUGCGACGAGAAUUCGACCUUCUCUUCUGAGGGUAUCACUCUUCUCCAUCUCAGCGAUGGACUAGCCUCAGAAAUAUCCACCGAUGCAACGGCGUACCCUGGUUCCUCGUGGAGUGAAUCACAUCGUACGCACAUCCUGUUUACCUCUGGCUCAACUGGUAAACCUAAGGGUGUGCAGAUCAGCAGCUCUGCCAUUAUGCACCUGUCAACCAGUACCCCAGUAACACCAUUGUACCCCAAAGAUCGGGUGGCUGCUUUCAACGACCCUGGUUUUGAUCUCAGCCUUUUCGAAGUCUGGGUGACUCUGCUCAGCGGUGCCACUAUCGUCAUCAUUCCAAAGGUGGUAGUAGUUGAUUCUACCGUACUAAAGAGCUAUCUCGAACGUCACAGCAUCACCAUCAUGAUUAUGCCUGCUGCCCUUUUCCACAUCAUCGCCAAGUCAUCGCCCGACUCUUUUCAUAGUCUUCGACACCUUCUCACUGCAGUUGAUGUUGCCAAUAAGAUAGCCAUGCGCGCUGUUCUUGAGCACAGCCCUCCGCAGCAUCUUUGGAACACGUAUGGCCCGACUGAGUGCACCACCCUGGCGACUAUGCAAGAGGUAUAUGUGAAAGAGACACUUUGUGAUCGGAUUGGUAUUGGACAUUCUAUUGGCCAGAUGAAGAUUCUCCUCAUAGAUGAAUCUCACCAGGUCAUUCGCGAUACAGAGCAGCGGGGCGAGAUCUGCAUUGCUGGACCUCAACAAACACUCGGGUAUCUGAGUCAACAAACUCCCGAUGAGUCGAUAUUCAUCAAGUUCAGCACCCGAGUACUCAAUGGUGCUAUUGGGGACACGUACAAUGACUAUAGCGACCCUCACACUCGGUAUUACCGGACUGGCGACGUGGCCGAAUGGAGAGAUGACGGCGGCCUAGAUUUUAUCGGACGCAGAGACAACCAAUUGAAGCACGGGAGCUUUCGAGUGGAACUUGAAGAGAUUGAGAGAAAUCUCCUCGAAAGCGAACUUGUUCAAUCUGUCAUUGUCGUGAAUCGGCCAGCACCAGAUUCCGAUGGUGUUGCGGUUCUAGUCGCGUUUGUCGUGCCCUAUGACAAUGCCACUACCGAAGCACAAGAUCUGGUAUAUUUUGCCCGGAACACACUACCUCAUUACAUGGUUCCCGACAGGUUUGAAAUCGUUGAACAUCUUGCUGUGGACUCCACAGGCAAGAUUGAUCGUCGUGCCUUUUCCGAGGGCCUUGCUAAAGCGGGACCAACCACCCCCAGUUCGAUCCUCACGAAUGGGAAUGAUUCCGCUUCAUCAAGAAAGGCUACGCUGAAGUCUAUGUGGGAGUACAUUCUGGGAGUUUCGCCUAUCCAGGAUGAUGACGACUUCAUGGCUCUGGGCGCCACCUCACUCCAAAACGCUGCUCUUAUUGCUCGUAUUAAGAAGCAGUUCGGACGCCUCAUCUCCAUGCAUGACUUAUACUGCCAUUCGCGCUUUGCAAGCUUGCUUCAUUUCCUCGAGAGUGAUGCGAAGUCCAUCACUGCGCCUAACGAUGCGGAUAAAUGGAUCAAGGACGUCGACAUGGUGGAUGACAUCGAGGAGACGCCAAACUGGGAAGACCCAGACCAAGGUAAGAUAUUCUUGACUGGUGCGACUGGCUUCGUUGGUGCCUUUUUACUUGACGAGCUUCUGCGUCACCCAAAUGUCAAACAGGUGGCUUGCCUUGUUCGUCGCCUUCAAGCCAAUAUGCAGAAAUACGAUCUAUGGCCUGAUGACUUUGCUUUGACUACCAAGAUCAUGGUAUUGCCAGGGGAUGUCACGAGUCGAGAUCUCGGUCUUGGAUCGGCCAAGUUUGACUGGCUUGCCAAUUGGUCUAGCGCCAUCUUUCACCUCGCUGCCAAGAUCAAUUUCUGUGACUCUUAUCAUGAGCACUACGAUACCAACAUCCUUGGAACUCGCAACAUGCUCCGUCUUGCUGCACGAGGGCGACGGAAGACAUUUCACUACGUGUCUAGCAUCGAUACAUGGGGUCAGACAGGAUACUUUCUAGGCACCAAGAGGGUCCUUGGAGACGAACCUCUAGGUCCCCAUAUACAAGGUGUGAGAUUCGAUGUCGGUUAUUCCCAGAGCCAGUGGACGGCUGAGGGAAUGGUACGACGCAUGAGAGAUCGUGGCUUCCCAAUCGUUAUUUAUCGGCCCGGCUUCAUCAUUGGCCAUUCUGUCACGGGAGCGAGUAAUCCCAACGACCUUGUUUCGCGACUCAUUUCCAGCUGCAUCAAACUUGGUGCAUGGCUCAAGAUCGAUCUCGAUCCGGCUUAUGUUACAGUUGACUAUGUCGUCAAAGCCAUGCUACACAUCUCACGCUCAACAAAAAAUAUCGGGAGGUCAUAUUGCCUUGUCGCACCAAACAUUGAAGAUUCAGUGUCUGUGAACAAGACUUGCUCUCUUCUCUGUCAAGCUGGCUACAGAGUUGAACUCACAAACUACCCUAACUGGAUUACACAAUUAUCUGAAAAGAUACUUCCUGAUGAUCCUCUUGCGCCUGUCAUGCCACUGUUGGAAGAAAAGGUAUUGGGCAACUUUACAAGACUUGAGGUAAGCCAGCAUUCUCCGAUCUACGACUCGACAAAUGCUAUCAAGGCUCUUGCGGGUAGCGGUAUUCAUUAUGUGGCACUGAACCCAGAUAUAAUUAAGCGAUUUAUUGCAUUCUGGAACAAGAAGGGGUUUUACUCAGUUUAA